AUGGACACCCUCCUUUUAAAAGUCGGUGUUGAGGGGUCUACAUAUUGGAUUAGAGUUAAAGAGGCUCCAGGAUGGAAACCCUCCUUAAUCUAUGACCUUCCUUCCCCUAACUUGACUGAAAGUGCAUUACAAGACCAGGAUCAUAAUGAAGGACAUUCUCAUUUUUCGGAUGGGAAUGAGGAUGAAUCAUCGGACCUAUUUGGUAUUUAUAAAGUAAUUGAAAAAAUGAAAACAAAUGAAUUGAAUACGGAUGUUCCUAAAGGAUUUAAUAGUUGGGGUAAUAUAAAAAUGAGUAAAGAUAUUAAAGAUGGUAUUUGGGGGAAAAAUGGGAACUCAGCAACAGAUGAUUUCUUUUAUGCUUCUCCAUCUCAUCAAGGAUCUGACGUAAAUACCUCUACUGCCUCACACCCCUACGUAUCCACUAAUUUAGGAGAGGCUGUCAAAAAUAUGGCUACUGUUACCUCCAUUCACGCUGAAUCACAAGUUGCAGCCUAUACUGCUGCAGUUUCUUCGCAGGCAACCCAUGCUGCUCCAGCCAAAGUGAUAGCAGCACCUACUAUUCAUUUUGAGACUCAUACAACACAUGUUGCUGAUACAGAAGCUUCUAAAAAUUCUGUUCCGGUUGGUUUUUUGGUGGCUAUAUUCGUAUGGAGGGUAUUCAAUCUUCGGGUGAUUCUUAAUCUCACCCCCUGGUUUCUCAAGUAA